AUGAGGUACGUUUUAUUAGCAAGUUUUUUAUUGUUAAAUUGUCUUGUGAAUUGUGGCGAUGAUUUAUCAUCUUUGAUCGACGAGGUAUUCCAGCCUGGAAAAGCAAACGAAAACGUUAAUAAUCAUGGAAAUUCGGAAUGUACGUGCGUGCCGUAUUAUCUUUGUCAAAAUAACACCGUCAUCACUAACGGAGUCGGAUUAAUUGAUAUACGUGUGAAAGAUGGACCCUGUGAAAAUUAUUUAGACGUUUGCUGUGAAAAACCUUUGUCAGACGUUGAUCGAAUCACUCCGACGCCAACACCUGCCAGAGAAGGAUGCGGAAGACACAAUCCUGAAGGCGUAGGAUUCAGGAUUACUGGUAACGAACAAGGAGAGGCUCAAUUUGGAGAAUUCCCUUGGAUGGUAGCACUUUUAAAAGAAGAACAAGCCGAUGGUCAAAAAUUAAACGUGUAUCAGUGCGGUGGAGCUCUCAUUCAUCCCGAAGUCGUUCUCACAGCGGCUCACUGCGUUAAUGGAGGUCAUGCCAAAUAUAAAAUUCGUGCUGGAGAAUGGGAUACCCAAACAAGCAACGAACUAUUUCCACAUCAAGAUGCCAUGGUGAGAAAAGUUGUCAUUCACCCAGACUAUUAUGCCGGGGCACUAUAUAACGACGUCGCUCUUCUAUUCCUCGAUUCUGCCAUCACCUUAGCCGAUAACAUCGACGUGAUAUGCCUACCACCUCAGGGUGCUAAUUUCGACAGGAGCCGUUGUUUUGCGAGCGGUUGGGGAAAAGACGUAUUCGGAAAAGAAGGAAAAUAUCAAGUUAUAUUAAAAAAAGUCGAUUUGCCGAUAGUUCCAAAUCACGAAUGUCAAGAAUCAUUAAGACAAACCAGAUUGGGGCCCUACUUUAAUCUUCAUUCGAGUUUCGUAUGCGCCGGUGGUGAGCCAAACAAAGACACAUGCAAAGGAGAUGGUGGAAGUCCUUUGGUAUGUCCCAUUCAAGGAACUCUUAACAAAUAUGCUCAAGUGGGUAUAGUUGCCUGGGGGAUAGGAUGCGGAGAACACAACACUCCGGGGGUUUACGCAAAUGUAGCCGGAUUUAGGCAUUGGAUCGAUGAACAAUUAACAGUUCAAUAA